AUGGCACUUCCCAAUGACCCUUCGCUCCUAGUGGAAGGCUUGAAUCAAGUUCCCAAGCAGGAAUUUCUAAGUGCUCUUAGCAGGGUGUACGAGGGGCACGGAACCGCCAUUGUUUUUAUCGAGCAACACAUUCUCUCCGCUCUCAGCCGCCUAGGAAUUGCGACAUGGGACUUCGGUCGCGACAAAGGAUUCGUCGGCGUCUUUCCGCUUCAAAAUGACAUUAACUACGUUUCAGCCGACAACGUUGUGUACAUUUUGAACCCAGACCUGAGCAGCAUGCGGUCCGUUGUCGUUCACUUGCUUUCCUAUACGCAGCGAUUCGUAAAUGCAAAGCCGACAAUUCUCUACGUCCCCCAAAAGACGUUGAUUGCAGAGCAGGUGAUGGAGGACGAGUUCAAGCUCUCCCAUACAUUUCCGAACCUACGCAUUGCAAGUCUUGAUUUAGACUACGUUUUUCUGGAGGAGAAGUUUUUUACCAUGGCGCUGCCGCUGUCGUUCAAAUCGGUGUUUGCAGACGGCGAUUUGAGCAACCUAACCUGGAUUGCCAGGCUUUUGCUUAAGCUGCAAACAGCGCGCUUCGGUGCCAUUCGGCACAUCCGUGGAAAGGGCAGCAACGCUGCCAGGGUCGUUCAGCUUCUUCAGCGCAUGCAGAACUACAUCGGCCACGAUUUCGUCAAUGACAUCCCUUCCGAAGUAGAGACGCUCAUCAUUAUCGAUCGUUCCGUGGACUUCGUCACGCCGCUGAUGACACAGCUUACGUACGAGGGGCUUAUUGACGAGUUGUACGGCAUUGAGAACUGUGAGGUACAAUUUCCGUUCAGCCUGGGAGAGAGUUCCGGUGUGGGGGCGAGCGAGAGGGUUGCUCUGAACAGCACUGACAGAAUGUUUGCUGAGAUUCGUGACAAGAGUUUCACCGGGGUGGGAUCGGUGCUUUACCAAAAAUCCCUGUGGGUGAAGCAAAACUAUGACAAGCGGAAGGAGGUCCAGCAGCUGAAGGAGCUGAAGGAGUUUAUGAAAGGGCUCCCAGAGAUGCAGGAAAUGCAUAGAUUGAUUGGCAUUCAUACGAAUGUUGCCACUGAAAUCAGCAAAACCACGCAGAGCACAGAUUUUAGGAAACGUAUCCUGUUUGAGCACAACAUCAUUCAACAGAUCAAUGAGGGCGAUGCUCUGAAGUAUGUUGAGGAUCUUGUGUUCCGAAAGGAAAAGUUUGAGAUCGUUGUCCGCCUACUGGCGCUCCUGUCCCUUGUCUACGGCGGCCUGCGCGAGAAGGACUUGCUCGGCCUCAAGGAGAACAUGAUGCUUGCCUACGGUAUUCCGCAUGUUAUCACCACCUUUUUCCUGCUGGAGAGGUGCGGCUUACUUUGCGCACAGAGCGGAAAGGGAAGCAGCUACCCAGCCAUUCGCAAGCAGCUUCAAAUCUGGAAUUCAUCGCUGACUGAGGAGCAGCCGAAUGACAUCGCCUACGCGUACGGCGGUUACGCACCACCUUUGGUCCGCAUGGUAGACACUCUACUACGCAAUCCAAAAGCCUGGGACGCGGAGAAUGACGCACCAAGUCUUCUUCCUGGUGCAAAGAAGGAGCUAGUGAAUGACGUAGAGAUUGCCGGCACAGCAAAGACGGCUAUCGUCUUUGUUAUUGGCGGAAUCACAGCUUCGGAGGUGAGUGCCCUGCGCUUUGUAGAGGAGCAACUCUCCAGUGGAGGGAGACCUCAUCGCAUCUUUAUAGGCACCACAGACCUCAUAAGCGGGAAUCGCAUGAUUCGAUCGUUGCUUCCGUUUGAACCGACUCGGUGA